AUGACUUCCACAACGCCAACUGCAACGUCUCUCCGCGUCGGAAUCCUUCUGAUCCCUCCGGUCCAACUGCUUGAUGCCUCAGCCAUUGAUCUCUUCGGCAUGCUCACCCCGGAAUACCUCGAAGCAUGCGGCCUCCCUAAACCCCUCGCUGACCUCGCCAUCCCGGUCGAAAUCCACUACAUCGCCGCCACAGGGCCAGGCACUCACGCUUCCAUGACGUCCUCGGCCACGCUUCCGGUGACGGACUCUCUGUCAUCCCCAGCCGUUCAACCAGGCCAACUUGAUACCCUUCUCAUCCCAGGUCCAGAUCCGAACCUGGUGCCCGAGGAAGAUGUCUUGUCUUUCCUCCGCGCACACAAAGCGGCCGGCAAGACUGACUUUCUGGUCAUCUGCACUGGGAGUUUUGCUGCCGGUCACGCAGGGCUUUUGGACGGCAAGCGAAUCAGUGGACCGAGAGGUCUGUUGAGCAAACUGAGGGAGAAAUUUCCUGCAGGCAAAUUUGUGGAACGGCGAUGGGAGAGAGAUGGAAGAAUCUGGUCGUCUGGUGGGAUCACAAACGGUCUCGAUCUCACAGCAGCGUAUCUACACUACAAGGUCCAGAAAGAGCUUGCAGACCUCGUGUGCGCCAUGGCAGAAGUAGGUGAUCGCGCGCAAGACUACGACAGUGGCAAAGCGAGCAACACACUUUGGUGGAUGUGGUUGAUUCUGCGGUCGCUGGUGAAGGGCAAGAGCAAAGGAGGCAACAAACAUCAACAGAAAGAAGAUUAG